CGCCGCUUCCCUUCCGGCCAGGCCCGGCCCCCGCCUGCUGGCUGUAAGGAAACGGACGGAGGACCGGCGCUCGGCGGGGCCAUGGGGCGCCCAUCGCGGGCCGCCGCCGCUGCCGCCGCCUCCGCGGCCCACAGAGGCAACUUUAAUAACUGGCGAAUGCGGGGCUAGAUUAUGAGCUCCAACAAGAAUACUCGCUAUAACCGUUUCCCCAGCGGUGCAGCAAACGGCGCUUCUUCAGAAAGCGCAAACGGGACAAGAAUGGAGACCACAUUUGGCCCUGCGUACUCUGCAGUGACCACCAUCACUAAAGUGGAUGGGAGUAAUACAUUCAAGCAGCAUCGCCGGACGCCCUCCUCUUCCAGCACGCUGACCUAUUCCCCUCGGGAUGAGGAUGAUGGCAUGCCACCCAUUAGCACUCCUCGCCGGUCUGACUCGGCCAUCUCCGUCCGCUCAUUGCACUCCGAGUCCAAUAUGUCCCUGCGCUCAACUUUCUCUCUCCACGAGGAAGAGGAGGAGCCAGAGCCGCUUGUGUUUGCUGAGCAGCCUUCAGUGAAGCUCUGCUGCCAGCUGUGCUGCAGUGUCUUCAAAGACCCCGUCAUCACCACCUGUGGGCACACAUUUUGCAGGAGAUGUGCCUUAACCUCUGAGAAAUGCCCAGUGGACAAUGCCAAACUGACUGUGGUCGUCAACAACAUUGCCGUGGCUGAGCAGAUCGGAGAGCUCUUCAUCCACUGCAAAUACGGCUGCCGGCCCAUCGCUAGUGGCAAGCCUUCUGUCUUUGAAGUGGACUCCCGCGGGUGCCCCUUCACCAUUAAACUGAGUGCCAGGAAGGACCAUGAAGGAAGUUGUGACUAUCGGCCAGUGCGGUGUCCCAACAACCCUAGCUGUCCGCCACUUCUCAAGAUGAACUUGGAGGCACACCUCAAGGAGUGUGAGCACAUCAAGUGCCCCCACUCCAAAUAUGGGUGUAUGUUCAUAGGAAACCAGGACACGUAUGAGACCCACCUAGAGAUGUGCAAGUUUGAGGGCCUGAAGGAGUUCCUCCAGCAGACAGAUGAUCGCUUCCACGAGAUGCAGGUAGCUAUGGCGCAGAAGGAUCAGGAAAUUGCCUUCCUGCGGUCGAUGCUGGGCAAGCUCUCAGAGAAGAUUGACCAGCUGGAGAAGAACUUGGAGAUGAAGUUUGAUGUGCUGGAUGAGAACCAGAGCAAGCUAAACGAGGAUAUGAUGGAGUUCCGGCGGGAUGCCUCCAUGCUGAACGAUGAGUUGUCACACAUCAACGCCCGGCUGAACAUGGGGAUCUUGGGCUCGUAUGAUCCUCAGCAAAUCUUCAAGUGCAAAGGAACCUUUGUCGGGCACCAGGGCCCUGUCUGGUGUCUCUGUGUCUACUCCAUCGGAGACUUGCUUUUCAGUGGCUCUUCUGACAAAACCAUUAAGGUGUGGGAUACCUGUACCACGUACAAGUGCCAAAAGACUUUGGAAGGCCACGAUGGGAUUGUCCUGGCACUCUGCAUCCAAGGGAACAAAUUGUACAGUGGCUCUGCUGACUGCACCAUCAUCGUCUGGGAUAUUCAAACCUUGCAGAAAGUGAACACCAUCCGUGCCCACGACAACCCAGUGUGCACACUGGUCUCCUCGCACAACAUGCUGUUCAGUGGCUCCCUAAAAGCUAUCAAGGUCUGGGAUAUUGUGAGCACGGAGCUGAAACUGAAGAAGGAGCUGACGGGCCUGAAUCACUGGGUCCGGGCACUUGUGGCAUCCCAGAAUUACCUCUACAGCGGGUCCUACCAAACGAUCAAGAUCUGGGAUAUCCGGAAUCUGGAGUGUGUGCAUGUUCUGCAGACUUCAGGUGGGAGUGUCUACUCCAUUGCAGUCACCAACCACCACAUCGUUUGUGGCACCUACGAGAAUCUCAUUCAUGUGUGGGACAUCGAAUCCAAGGAGCAAGUUCGCACACUGACGGGACACGUGGGCACGGUGUAUGCCUUGGCUGUCAUUUCCACACCUGACCAAACCAAAGUCUUUAGCGCUUCGUACGACCGGUCCCUGAGGGUAUGGAGCAUGGACAACAUGAUCUGCACCCAGACACUCCUGCGCCACCAGGGCAGCGUCACAGCACUGGCUGUCUCUAGGGGGCGCUUGUUCUCUGGUGCUGUUGACAGCACAGUUAAGGUUUGGACAUGCUAGCAGAUGCUGCCACCUACCUUGAGAUGCUGUACUACCAAAUACACCUUUCGCUCCUACUAGACACACACCUUUGCUCAUCUCUGAAGCCACACACCGUUUGCCAUCUGAGAGACAGUGCCACAGAGCCCACGUACCUCAACAGGCUGCCGAAUGACAGAAGCUUGGCCCCUGGUGGUUAGCAGGGCAGUUUUUUCUUAACCCAUUAGUGUGUUAGCUAUGAUUUUGGACUCCCAGGUCUCUUACAUUGUUGGAUGGAACUGAUGGGUUGAAUUGGGGUUGUAUCGGGCAGCUCAAAUACCGCCAAUGCACCUUGCAGACUCCAAUACCAGAUCACAGCCUAUGGGCUUCUCUUUUUGUCUCUCUGCUGUUACAGUUGUGCCCAGUGCUGAAAUGGCAGCUCGGUCUCCCCCACCCCCAUGCACUCCUCAUGCACACUCCAGGUACGAUUCAUCUGCCACAUCAGGUACCAUGAGCCCCUCUGCUCAAAGGAUCAUGUCACAGCGGCUUCCCUGGUAAAGAAGGGAAGGAAAGCCCACCGUUUGUGUUUGUAAUGACAUUUUCUACUGUUUUUAAAAUUGUGAUAUAGAUUUGGAAUUUUUUCUUCCUUGACAAUAAAAACCGGACCUUUGUUUUA